AUACACUCCCUUUCUACAUUGAUCCACAUAACAACAAUGAUUUUGCAACCACGCUUCUUCACCAUCAUGAUCCAUCAUCACUACUUGUUUCUCCCUUUAUACCUUCAAGUGAAGUGCCAUUCCCGUCAUCAGCAGAAGAAGCUGUUGUUGUUGCAGCAAUGCUUGAUCAAGAUGCUGCAGCAAGCUAUGGCGGGGGCGGAGGACUAAUCUACGGUGGUGGAGGUGUUCCCAAUUUGCUGACUCAGAAACCGUUAGGAAGCAGCAUAGGUACGAAGAAAGAUAGGCACAGCAAGAUUCACACAUCUCAGGGGUUGAGGGACAGAAGGGUGAGGCUUUCAAGCGAAAUAGCGCGCAAGUUCUUUGAUCUUCAGGACAUGCUGGAGUUCGACAAGCCCAGCAACACGCUCGAAUGGCUCUUCACCAAGUCUGAGAAUGCAAUCAAGGAGCUUGCAAGAAGCAAACAUAGCUGCAGCUUCAGCUCCGGCGGCGAGAAAUGCUCCUGUUGUGAAGGUAGUGAUCAAGCAGCUGGGGUGGUGGUGGUGCACUCAAGCGAGAAAUCAUCUAUGGCGGGAAGCAGUGAUUCUUGUUCCAAAGGGAGGAACAAGUUGAAGUGGACACAGAGAGAAGAUGUUUGUGUUCAGACAAAGAAGGAGUCAAGGGAUAAAGCAAGGGCAAGAGCAAGAGAAAGAACUUGUUACAAAAUGAACAACAACAACAACAACAACAACAAUGGAAGAUUAAUGGUGCAAGAUUUGGAAGACAGAACCCCUGCACUGCAACAAUUUGAGCCUUGUGGAAGAUGGUCUAAUAACCCUCAUCAGAUUCUUCAACAACAACCUUAC